AUGUAUUUGAGUCCCUCGACGUCUCUUCAUGUAAAGUACUAUGGUGUGAUUGGUGAUCGUCCAGCGUUAACGUUAAUUUUAAAUUUUAUUGAACACACUGGUUAUUAUUGCUGCAAUUUUUGUUUUAUACAAGGUUUCAUUAUCCCUGGACGCAACAAACAGCAAUAUUCAUAUAGGAAACCGUUGGUUCUCCGUGAUUCGAAUACAUUUAAAUUAAACUCAUUAGAAGCCAAUAUUCAAAAGAAAAAUGUAUUUGGACACCUAGGGAUAAGUAUUUUGGAAAUUAUUCUGUAUGUUCCACUACCACAAUCAAUUCUAGUCAAUUAUCAGCAUGCAAUAUUACUACGUCAUUUUCGUGACGCCGUAAAACAAAUAAGUGCCAUGUUAAUACCAGCUAAAAUGCGCGGUACUGAAGAUUUUUUAUAUAUCAAGACACCAGAAUUACGUAAUUUGUUGUUAUACGGAUUUUUACCACGUUUUUAUUCAGUCAUAGAAAUUAAUCGAGCAGCACACAUGGCUUUAUUUAUCUGUGGCAUUCGUAUAAUUCAUAGUCAUGCUAUAUUUGGAAAAUGA